GCCGGGCCGUCCCCUCCCCGCCCGUGGGCGGGCGGAGCCGGCGGCGCCGCGGGGCACCCAUGGCGGCGGCAGCGGAGCGCACGGACGAGCUGGUGCGGGAGUACCUGCUCUUCCGCGGCUUCACCGCCGCCCUGAAGCAGCUGGACGCCGAAAUCAAGGCGGACCGGGAGAAGGGUUUCCGGGUGGAUAAGAUAGUGGACCAGCUGCAGCAGUUUGUUCAGAGCUACGAUCUGGCUGCCCUGCGGGAUUACUGGAGUUAUCUGGACCGACGCCUUUUCAGCCGUUUGGAAGACGUGUAUCGGCCAACAGUGAACAAGCUCAAAACCAGCUUAUUCCGCUACUACCUUGUCCAUGCUAUUCAGAAUGGCCGCAAUGACAAGGCGCAAGAGUUUUUCCUCAAGCAGGCCUCCGAGCUCCAGAACCAGGCAGAGUGGAAGGAUUGGUUUGUCCUGCCCUUCCUCCCUGCUCCAGACUCCAACCCCACCUUUGCUACCUAUUUCUCACGCCAGUGGGCAGAUACAUUCAUUGUGUCUCUGCACAACUUCCUGAGCGUCUUAUUUCAGUGCAUGCCAGUUCCAGUCAUACUGAACUUUGAAGCUGAAUGUCUCAGGAGCAGUCUCAUACAAGAGGAAAAUGAAUCGUUGCGGCAUAAGCUGUUUGCUCUGCAGGCUGAGUCCUCCCGCGUGAAGAAAGAGGAACUGGAGGUGGAACAAACAGUUAUGCAUCACAAGUUGCCUGCAUAUGUGGCCAACAUGGAUCGACUAGGGGACUCUGAACUUGAUAUGACCUGCAAUCAGAGGAGUACAGCACAUUCUCUUCAGUCCCGGGGAGGCUUUCUGUCCUCUUUUCUCUCCCAAAGUAAAAAGGGCCCUUCCAGACCAACCCAUUCAAGUGGGGCUUCUUCAGUGCAGACUGGCAGUAUGCUGCUAGGGAAGAAAGAGCCCACAAAUCACCAGAGUGCCAAAGGAAAAGAAGGAACAGUGAGCUGUAAGGACGGGAAGAGCCACUUCAGUGGUUUGGGGGCGGGCGAGUCCAGUUCCCUGCAGCAGCGGCAGAAGCGCUUGCAAGAGCAUGGGAAAGAAAGGAAGGAACUGUUGUCAAAAGGGACCUUCCAGGGCCAAAGUGCUGAGAAGAAAACAGAUACUAACAUAGCUGAGGCAGAACCAUGCUCAGAGCUGCAUGCUGAGCAAACAGAGACUUCAACCAAAAUGCCUGGCAGCAGUGCAGAGGCUGUGGGGGUUCGGCAGGAACAGCCUUUCAUCGUCCUGAGCCAGGAGGAGUAUGGGGAGCACCAUUCAUCCAUCAUGUACUGCAGGGUUGAUUGUUCUGGACGGAGGGUGGCCAGCUUGGAUGUGGAUGGGGUCAUCAAAGUCUGGUCUUUUAACCCCAUAAUGCAAACAAAAGCUUCAUCCAUUUCCAAAUCUCCAUUGCUGUCCCUGGAAUGGGCCACCAAGCGCGAUCGGCUGCUAUUGCUUGGCAGUGGGGUUGGGACGGUUCGUCUUUAUGACACAGAAGCAAAGAAGAAUCUCUGCGAAAUCAGCAUUGAUGAAGACAUGCCCAGGAUCCUCUCGCUUGCCUGCAGCCCAAGUGGCGCCUCCUUUGUCUGCUCUGCAGCAGCCCAGAGCCUCGUCUCCCACAUUGACUUCUCAGCAAUCAACUCUGGGGGCAAAAGCAUGAACCAAGUUCCUGGGAAGCUGCUACUGUGGGACACUAAGACAAUGAAGCAGCAGCUGCAGUUCUCCCUGGAGCCUGAGCCCAUUGCUAUUAACUGCACAGCCUUCAACCACAAUGGCAACCUUCUGGUCACCGGGGCUGCAGAUGGGAUUGUUCGUCUCUUUGAUAUGCAGCAGCAUGAGUGCGCCAUGAGCUGGAAGGCACAUGAUGGGGAAGUCUACUCCGUCGAGUUCAGCUAUGAUGAGAACACAGUCUACAGCAUAGGCGAGGAUGGCAAGUUUAUUCAGUGGAAUAUCCAUAAAAGCGGAUUGAAGGUGUCUGAGUAUGACCUUCCCAGAGAAGCUACAGGUCCUUUUAUUCUGUCUGGGUACAGUGGCUACAAGCAAGUCCAGUUCCCACGAGGACGGCUUUUUGCUUUUGACUCUGAGGGCAAUUACAUGUUGACGUGUUCUUCUACUGGGGGAGUAAUUUUUAAGUUAAAUGGUGAGGAAAAGGUUCUGGAGAGCUGCCUUUCCCUGGGAGGACACCGAGCUCCUGUUGUCACAGUGGAUUGGAGCACUGCCAUGGACUGCGGGACCUGCCUCACUGCUUCUAUGGAUGGGAAAAUUAAAUUAACAACCUUACUGGCUCAAAAGUCUUAACCUGGACACCACUGAAGGGGGAAAGCGCAAUAGACUUGACAAAACCAGUGUUAACUCACAGGAACAAACUGCAUGGGAGAGAAGGCAAAGCAAAGUCCCUCUUCUCAUUGUAGCUUUUGCCUCUUGAUAAAUAUGUUUGCCAAACCACUGUGCAACAGAAUGCCAGUAUGGAACUGGAUCAGUGGCAGCACUGAAAAAUAAGUCUCCACUAAUCCAUUGUGGCAGCUGGACUUCCCUCUGUUAGGGAGUCUUGAGUAGCACGUGGCUAAAAGGCUGUGGUCACGUCAGGGUUCUGCAGAAGAAGGUGAGGCUGGAGGAAGCAAGCAUGAGGCAGCACAGUGCAUGAUGAUGACUCAAACUGGAAAGGCUGAUAAGAAACCAGAGUGCUCUUUGGGUAUAACAUUUGUUGUUAUGAUUUUGUUAGUUUGUUUUUAUUUGUUUUUUCCAUAAAAAGAAAAUAUUCCCUUGCAUUU